AGUAUAUAUGCAGAGGGUGUGUGCGCCCCAUAGACGUGGCAGCUCCGGGUAGGGGACAAGCUGGGGCAGUAGGCUCUUCUUCUCAGGGCUGGCCGCCAGUCCCCGGGGAGCCUUGCACCAGGCGGACAAUGCACCAGGCUGGCCAACGUCCCUGGCCUUCUGCAGCUGUGAACGGCUCAGGGCAGGAGCCCCAAAGGCAACUCCCAGAGGUGCCGGGUGGGACCUGGGAACCACCAAGAGGGGAUGGGCUACCCCUGCUCACCAUCAUUGUUGCUGCUUUUGUCCUACUGGCUGUCUGUAUCGUGGUGGCAGUCCACUUUGGGCCAAGACUACACCAGGGCCGUGCCACUCUCCCCGCAGAGCCACCAGCCCCAAAGCCGGAAGGCGGCAUCUACCUCAUCCACUGGCGAGUGCUGGGCCCCCAGGAUGCUCAUGGAGACACCUGGCAGGAACCUCCUGUCCCUGGCUCCUGCUCCGUGCCAGAUGGGCCUAGGCUCAGCGUUGAUGAAGUCACAUGUCUGUAGGAGGGACACUUUGAAAAGUUGGACUGACCUGGCUCACAACAAGAAACUGGACAGAGAAUUAGGGCAAAAGCAACUUGGGGUCUGGACAUCAGAGCUUUGGAAAUGCACACAUGGACUCAGCUGGAGCUGCUCUCUCGGCAGAAUAUUUAUAGAGAAAGUGCUGAUGCGGACAGGAGAAAUAAAAGAAGCUUGAGGGCUUUGCCUGGAAACAUGCUCCUGUGAGCAUUACCAGGGCCCAAAGCUGCCCUCACAAAGCUACUCCCUGCUUUUCAGGACCAUCAGAUCCUUGACCCUCCUUUACCAACUUUGUACCUCCUCCUCUCAUCCCUAAUCUCCUUUGCUUUUGGUGUCUGCAUGAGUCCAGCUUGCAAGAUUCCCCCACCUACCCCACCCCUGUGUGGGGAAUCUCAAGAGUCUCACUGUAGAGGUCCUGCCCCCAGUGCCCCCAGGUCCUGUGAGAGCUAGUCAGGGAGAGCCGAGGCAAAGAACCUAGGGGUCUGCCUUCUCUGGUACUCAGGAAAAGAAGGAAAAUCUGUUGCCCUUUACUGAUCAGAAGAUAGCCCUUUGGCUCCGGGGGCCUAACCCUCCUCAACAACUUCCAAGGCCCUUAUAAAGCCUCAAGCCAAUUAUAUCUCCCUACAUGGCUUUUGAAUGCCCUACUAUGCCCUACUAUGUUGGGGCAAGACUUUUUCUUGCCUUCCCAGGAUGAGAUGGAGGGAAUUCGGGGGCUCUCUCUACCUGCCCCUUUUUGUGUGUAUGGGCCAGUUGGAACCAGCCUAAAAUUUAUCCCAUGAUGUGUCCCAAAUCCAGAACCUUCCAGCUAGUGGGAACACAAGAAAGGAAAAGGAGCUCCAUGCUGCUCGUCUAAGGGAAAGAAGGAGUGAGGAGAGGGAUUUGCAGGGCAUGGUGGGCGUGGAGGUUGAUAAGAUGUGGGAAGGCAGUGCUGAGCCUCCGGGUGGCUCUCCAAAAGGCACCCUGUCCCUGACCCAACUGUACCUCAGUGUUGUGCAGUUGAGAACGUGCAGAUAGGCGUUUAUGGAGGGGCAUCUGGGUUCUUUACACUGGGGAAUGCCUGAGGACAGCAGAUGCACCCUGGUACUGGCCUUGGUGAGACCCUGGCCGUCAGGAAGGUGAGGAUGGCAGACAAUGCAGAGGAACAGAGGUGGAGAUUGUAAUGUGCACUGAGGACUGGCCUGUCUCCUUUGUGGUCCAGCUAUACGCUGGGCACCCGACUCACCCGUGGACCUGUGGAUAUCCUAGCGUUCACUCCGCAUAACAACUUUGGGAGAAAGAGCCCCUGUUCUCCCAGUCUUACAGUGGAGGAUAUCCAGAUCCCCAGGUGGACACAGAUGCCAAGUGGUGAAGUCAGGAUUUGAACCUGAACUGUCAGACUCUCCAGCCUAAGCACCAAGUUGGGGGCUAGAGGGUGGGGGCAGGUCAUUUUGGAAAGGCCCUGGAUUCUCCCCUGGUUUCUAGGCACAGGAAUGAUUGGUGUAAGGUUGGAGGAGCCUUGGGCCUUGGGGGGCAGGAUGGCUGGGACAGCUGGGAAGAAGAGAUUGUGUCCUCCUUUCCUCCUUAGGCUCUGGAAUCCUUGGGAGCAGUUGGUUCCUUCUGGCAAAUGUGUGUCUGUCUGUUGGGCCCAUCUCCACAGUGAUGCUGUAUGCAGAAAUUUGUGCUGAGCAUUUGUGAUAAAAAAACAGAGGUGAGGGGCACCUAGCUAGCUCAGUCAAUAGAGCGUCCAACUCUUGAUCUCGGGGUUGUGAGUCAAGACACAUGUUGGGUAUGGAGGUUACUUAAAAAAAUUUAAAACAAAAUGAAACAAAAUCAAACCAGAGUGGGAGGUAGGGAA